AUGUCUGGCCGAGUUGUUCUUGUUGUAGCUGGAGCUAUAAUUACAGUAGCUGCAGGCAUUUACAGCUAUGUUAUAUUAAAAAGACAAAAUACUGAGCAACCUUAAAACAACCGCAGUAACUAAAAUGCAAAUUAAAUCCACAAUUAAGAAGAGUAAGGCAACCAGCAGGAACAAAGUGACUCAUAGUCCAUAGCUACAUCUGAGAGUGUGGAUGAAAACUAUAGUGGGAUCGAUAAUUUGAAGAAAUCAUACCACUUAUUUAAGUAUGAAUGCCCGAUAUCUCUUGUAAUAAUGAAUGACCCAGUCAAAACUAAACAUGGAUUCUAUUUUGAAAGAAAAGAAAUUAUUAAUUGGAUAGAGAAAUCUGGUACCUGUCCUUUGAGCAGAAAAAAACUUACUUUAAGAGAUAUAAAAGAGCCAUCAUAGGCAUUCUUAAUUGAACUCAAGAAGCAUAAGGAGUAAUAAUUAAAAUUUUCUAACUUAUGA